CCUGGGAAGUCUGAACACAGGUAACAGUUUUUCUUUGUAAAUCAAAUGGAUACCUCUGGAUCCUUAAUGAGUAACCUGUAAGAAGUCACCUGACCAGAACAUGUACCAUUAUGGUUUCAGGCCUCAUGAAUACCAUAGCAUAAUGUUCCUCCAGCCAAAUACUCCAGUGCCUUAUGCCUUUGGACAAUAUGCCAACAUGCACAACGGUCUUGUAUUUCCACCUAUACAAAUGCACAACUACAGCAGUCGACCUUAUGCCAUCCCGUCAGGAGAUCCAUACUAUUCUCAGAAUGGACAUGUUGAAUAUCAUCAUUUUUAUGGUUCAAAUCCUCUAUAUUCUAUGCCAGGCUGGCCCUAUGGCUCUUUCAACACAGGUCAGUCAUACAGUCCCUGGAUGAAUUACAGUAACACUCAAGUCCACCCCAAACCAGCUCCCAACACCUGGCCUGAGGGCUUCACCAUGAAAGGAGAGCUUCAGUGGGGCAGGCUUGACCGAGUUUUUGGUGUAAGGCGUGAGCUUCCAGAGUUUGUCAAGGAGGACCUUCGCAGAGUUUACGGGACCUAUCCCAGGACAUUUGUGUCUAUAACUUACCAGAACGGUGAAUAUCUUGUUAAAGGGGACCCCAAAGUUGGAGAACAGGAGUACACCAUUGAAAAGAAAGUUAUAAGACGAGAGCCCACUCCGACAGACUCAGAGGAGGAAGUGACUGAAGACAAAUCUAGAAAGCGCAGAAGAAGAAAAGCCAGACGUUAGAAUCAUUUAUUUUAAUAAUAUCCCAAUAAGACAUUGAAACCAGAGUUUAAUUCCAUGACCACAUGGUCAUUGAUAAAUCAAUAACCAGUUUGUAA